AAAAAAAAAAAGUAAACAAAAACCCUAAACCCCUUCCGUCUUCCCCUCAUUCUCACGCGCUCCACUUCUUCUUCUUCCCGCCGUAUCCUCCUCCCUUCCAGCAGUUCAGUGUCGUCACCGCCGCCGCCUCCAUCCCACCGGUUUGCAUAUUUCUGUCAGUUGAUCGUUGUCUAUCAAAAAGGAACUGUAUAGCGCCAAACGGCGAGGAGCUAAGACUCUAGAGCCAGCGCUUUCUCAGCCGCCAAGCCUGCUUUUGAUCGUUAAAGCUCUGUUUCUGUGCUUCCUUUAGCCACUGAUCCUCUCACAAUUUCAAAAGUAUCCUUAAAUCUACUCGACCGAAAGAUUCAUGGCGUCGUCGAAUAUCAGAGAUCUGUUAACAUCUUUUAGUCCUGAUUUGCAUUUCUUUGCCAUCAGCUCGGGGGAUGGUCGUAUCAAGAUCUGGGACACGUUGAAAGGUCAGAUACAGACGGAGUUUGCAGAUUUCUUUACAACGGAUUCAACGAGCAUACUAACGAAAUCGGGAAAAGGGCAUCUAUCUGUUGAUUAUAAAUGCAUGAAAUGGUUGUCAUUGGAGAAAAAGAGAAAAAGAAAGCGCCAAUGUUCGUUGUUGUUGUUAGGAACGGGUAGUGGUGAUGUUAUGGCUCUUGAUGUAGCAGCUGGGGAAUUGAAGUGGCAAAUAAGUGAUUGUCAUCCUGGGGGUGUUGCUACAAUUUCGUUUCCUACACACGGUUCGCGCAUUUAUACUGCUGGUGCCGAUGGAAUGCUAUGCGAAAUUGAUUCCAUGACGGGAAGCCUGUUGAGGAAGUUCAAGGCUUCUACAAAGGCAAUAUCCUGCAUUUCUGUUUCUCCAGAUGGAAAGAAAAUAGCAACUGCAGCCUCGCAAAUGAAGAUUUUCAAUUGUUCCGAUCACAAAAAGAUACAGAAGUUUUCCGGGCAUCCUGGAGCUGUUCGAUGUAUGGUUUUUACCGAAGAUGGAAAAUACAUUCUUUCAUCCGGAGUUGGUGAAAGGUAUAUCGUUGUUUGGAGUUUAGGCGGAGAGAAAAAGCAAUCAGCUAGUUGUGUUCUCGCAAUGGAGCACCCUGCCAUCUUCAUGGACAGCAGGCGCUCGGGUGGUGGUGGAGUUGAUGAAACUGCGCUGUACGUUUUGGCUAUAUCAGAAAUUGGUGUUUGUUAUUUAUGGUAUGGACAGAAUCUCGAAGAGUUACGAAGUGUCAAGCCUACUAAAGUAUUGAUAUCUAAUAAUGAUAUCUCCUCCAAGAGUAAAAAACGGGUAACACCCUCGAUUUAUGCUGCACAAUUUCAAGGAAUUCCGAAAUCUGGGUCGGGCCAGGUUUUCCUUGCUCAUGGAUUGCUAGUGAAACCUUCAUUUCAAAACGUCGUGGUGCACUCCGGUACUGACAUAAAUUUAAACAGCUCCAAUGAUGGAAUUCUUCUGCCGAGUCAUUCGGUCGGAAAAUCUAAGAAGGGUUUAGAUGUACAGGGAGGAGUCGUUGCAUUAGAUCGAGCUAAUGCUGAAGAUGCCUUGUGUCCAAUUCCGAAGGUUUUCGAUUCUCAAGAGAAACGUACCUUAUAUCACGAUUUACAUGUUGACCGCGAUGAUGUUAUGACCGAAUUGGUUGACAGUGGGAGCCAAGUAGAAGAUGUUGUCGGAGUGGAGGACUCUGCAGCAGUUUGCCUGGAGGACAAACUCCGAUUGUUAGGCAUACUCGACAGUACAGACGAUCAUACAUCUGAAUCCAUCCUUAAGUCUGCAAUAUUCAAAGGCAUCGAUCUUGAAGCUAAUAUGUCGCAGAAAAAGUUAAGAGAAGCGGUUUUAUCGUUGGCACCUGGCGAUGCAUGCAAAUUGCUUGGAAACUUGGUUAGCAUUUGGCAAUCCAGGUUGCGUAGCGGGAAGAACGUGCUACCGUGGAUUUAUAGUUUAUUGUUGAAUCACAAUCAACAUAUCUUGUCUCAAGAACAGUCGACACAGAUUCUCGAUUCUUUGUUUAAGUUUACUAAAUCCAAAGAGACUGCGGUUCAACCUCUUCUUCAAUUAUCAGGUCGUUUGCAACUGGUGUUGGCACAAAUUGAAAGGGCGUCGGCCAACAAAACCGACCAAACGGUACGACAUGGUCCCGAGAUAGAUGGAGGGGAGAGCAGCAACGACGAAGACGAAGAAGUUCACGACGUUCUUUAUGGGGAAGAAGAAUAUGAAUCUGAAUUAAGCAGUGAUAAUGAGAAUUAGCUUCCCUUCUUUCAUGUUCUAAUGAUCGAUUUUGGUAAAUCAAAUAGGCUUCAAUUAUAUACUUAGCUGUUAUUUUGUAACGAUUGAUGAUGAAUUUUGACAUUACGAGUCAAAGUUUGACCUAUUUAAUUA